AUGCAAUUGUUUCGUGCUUUUUUGAUAUAUGACUUUGGAAUAUCAUCUUUUUACUUAUCAGUGAGAAGAGAUUUUGAAUUAGAUAACAUUUGGAAGGCAAAUUUAAAAGAAAUUACCCAAUAAAUACAAAUAUAGAAUGUUAUAGAGGAAAAAGAAUUCUAAAUGAAAUCUAAUUAUGGUUGUAUUAGAGGAAAAUUCGAUAUUUUAAAAAGUAAUUUAAGUAAUACUCAUAUUUAGAUCGAGUAUUAAUUUUAAUUUCCACAAACCAGGUACAUGAAAUAUUUUAAGCUGAACUUUUACUUUAACUUUACUCUUAUCUUUUUGAACUUACUUAAUACUAGAAAGUACCUGUCAUAAGCAUAUAAUAGUUAAAUAUUAGUGAUCUAGAACUUUAUUAAAAGAGUGAAGUCGAGAAAAUCAUAAAAAAAUAUGAAGAAAAAUUAACAACAUCGAAUAUUUUUGUGACCAGUUUGUCAUAAAGAAGUUCAUCAGAAAUAAAUGAAUAAAAACAAUAAAACCUAAAAACAUGUACAUUUCAAACUGAAGAAAGCAUUGAAAAAUCUUCUUGUUAUAUUCAAAAAAGUUGGAACUAUAAUUAAAAAGCCUUUAAAGGCUUUUUAAUGUAUGAUAAAAAAAAACAAUUCUUUUUAAUGUUGAUAAGAAAAGGUUUUAAUAAUGAUUCAGUUUGGGUUGAAGAGAGAGGGAGAAUCGAAAAAUUGAUUGGAGGCCUAAAUAAGUAAAAAACUUCAAUAAUGUCUACAUCUACCUAAUUUGCUUAAUAUUUAAUAGAAUAUGAUAGUUAGACGAGUACUCUAUUUUAUGUUUAUAAUAGACUUCUAUUUUAUUUUGUUAUCUAAUAAUAUAAUUCCCGAUUCACCUUAAUACGAGCUAUUAUAAAGAAUAAAACGAUUUAUUUCAAAUUAAUCAAAUUUGUAAAAAGUAAUUUUAUAUUUUUAAAAAAAUAGCAUUGUAAAUUUGAGAUUGAAAACUCAUGCUUAUGUGCUGUAAGUGAUAUUAUAGAUGCACAGGAAAGAAUUUACAUCAAAAAAUUCCACACACAAAUUAUUGAAACUAAUUUAUUUAAGAAGUCAACUUCCACUUAAUAAUCUACUAAUGUGCAAUCAAUGAAUAGUAUUACAAAUAAUUAAGAAAACAAAUAAAAAUUAGAAUUGUUACCAUGA